AUGGCGACCCCCAAAAUGACCAAGAACCAGAUGAGGAGAGCCAAAAAGAAGGAGCAGAAAAAGGCCAAAGUAGAGAACGAAAGUCAACCCGAAGAGACUGCCGAACAACCUGGCGCGGAAGCGAAAACGCAAGAGAAGCCGCAGGAUGCAAGCAAAGAGCCUGUCGUUGACGUCCAAGUCGAUUCUCUAGACGCAUACGACGACGACCCUGCAUUUGCUGCCUACAAAGCUAUCUUUACAAAAUUUCACGCCAACACUGGCGACGAUACGACCAAGAACGAGGGCAAGGAACAAAAGGGCACAGUGCUGUACAACGACGAUGACGAUAUCCCCGACGAAGACCAACAACCAAAGUUGUCAAAGAAGAAGCGCAAGGAGCUCAACAAGCUUUCUGUUGCCCAGCUCAAGGCCCUUGCCGCCGUCCCAGAAGUGGUCGAGUGGCAAGACGUCUCCUCCACCGACCCUCGCGUCUUGGUUCAGAUCAAAUCACAGCGCAAUGUUGUGCCUGUACCGGCGCAUUGGUCCCUCAAGCGCGAGUAUCUAUCGUCAAAGCGAGGCAUUGAAAAGUCGGCUUUCCGUCUACCGCAGUUCAUAGCGGAGACUGGCAUUGCUGAGAUGCGAGACGCCGUCCUGGAGAAGCAGGCCGAGCAGACGCUGAAGCAGAAGCAACGCGAACGUGUCGCGCCCAAGAUGGGCAGGCUCGAUAUCGACUACCAAAAGCUCUACGAUGCUUUCUUCCGUUUCCAGACCAAACCCGAGCUGACCCGUUUCGGCGAGGUCUAUUACGAGGGCAAAGAAACAGAGGUCGACUUCCAGCACUUCCGCCCUGGCGACCUGAGUGAUACUACUAAAGAAGCUCUUGGCAUGCCUCCCGGUGCGCCACCUCCAUGGCUGAUAAACCAGCAAAGAUUCGGCCCCCCCCCUUCAUAUCCUACUCUAAAGAUACCAGGCCUCAAUGCGCCGCCACCGCCGGGGGGUGCUUGGGGCUUCCACCCCGGAGGCUGGGGUAAGCCGCCCGUUGACGAAUUUAACCGUCCGCUAUACGGUGGUGAUGUUUUCGGCAUCACUGGCCAAAAUGGUGCUCAAGCCCAGUCCGCGCAGCAACAAGAUCAGCUUGGUGUACCUGUUGAGCGCACAUUAUGGGGUGAGCUGCAACCUCGCGCCGAAGAGUCUGAAGAAGAGGAAGAAUCCGAUGAUGAAGACGACGAAGAGGAACAGGAUGACGAAGAGCGCCAAGAAGCUGGCGGCCUCGAGACGCCAAGCGGCUACGCCAGCACCUUCCAUGGUGACGAGCCGCUUCAAGGCACAGAAACAUCGAUUGCUGGAGAGAUGGAUCUCCGCAAGGAACGCCGCGGUUAUGACACGGAAGAGUCGUCUGCGCCACGAUCUGCGUACACUGUCCUUCCCGAGCGUCAAGUGCGUGCCGAGGGGUUCUUUGGCAGUGACCGUGCCUAUGACAUUGCAGCGGCACAGCGCGCUGGCAUGCCUGUCCUGGGCAGCGAGGAUGACUCACGCAAGCGCAAGAAGCCCGGCGACAUUGACGUGGCGGUAGAUGUGGACGCUCUCAACGAAAGUGGCGGCCUAAGCAAAGACGAUCUGCGGCAGCGCUUCGAGGCGGGCACGCGUGAGGAGGGUGCCGGCGCACAGUGGGCCGGCCAGGACGACGACUUGGCUGAUAUGAUUGCCGAGGAGGGACGCAAGAGGCAGCGGCUGGAUCGGGAGCGCACGGAGAAGAGAAAAGAGGGGAGACGGCACUAA